CGUCCAUGUUCCCCGUGAUUCCUUGUCCUAGUCCCUCAGCCUUCCGUUAGGAGAUUCAAGCUUACAUUGCCAUUGCCAGGGGUGCCAAGAGUCGCAUGGAUGACGAAGAUCAGCUCUUGACCGAACAUGCCGGUCGCGCCAUGUUCGGUCGCGCUUCCUCCUUUUCUUCCUCCACCAGCCCUCGCAAAAUCGUUGCAAACCCCUUGUAGAGCAUUCGUUGCGAAACAGAAAAUUCAAGAUGGGUAUCCUUUCGCGAUAUUUACGGGUUCCUCGCCCAAGAGUAUGUUGCAACUUUCUCCAUUGAUACUGCCCAGGCAGUGCCUUCUGAAUCUGCAUUCCAAUAUGGCGCAGGAUGCUGAUCAUGCCAACAGACUUUUUUGUACCUCAUGAGCCUGCGGACUGGUGUUGAGAUGGUCUCGCUUUCAGUAAUCUUCAACAAACUCACCGGCUUCUUCGGCCUGCUCGCAAUCCUCACAGGAGUCUCGCUCUCCCCUCUUCAACUCUCGAUGUACAUCUACUCCGUUGGCGCCCUUGGCCUCAUCUCCUUCCUGAUGCCUCAUAUCCGAAAACAGAGCCCGUUCGAAUGCCUGGCACUCGCAUGGUUCUAUCUCCUUGAUACUGUAAUCAAUACGGCCUUUACAUCUGCCUUCGCCAUCACCUGGUUCCUCGCCGUAAGUGCCGAUAACGCGAAUAUGAGCCUCCCAAGCAACGCACCCGGAGGUACCACAGUGGACGAAACAGCCGGGUUCACCAGCCCCAAAUACAACGUUAGCAAGGUCGGUGUAUCGACGACCCCCGGCGAAGGAAUUACGGGGGGCCAGGACGCUGUGGCGUAUGGACUGGCUGGCGCAGCAGCUACGACACGGGCAAAUCCAAGUCUGGCACAUGGAGUUGGAAUAGAAGAGAGUAUACCGAGCAUCAUGGUCGUCGUCAUGUUAACGAUGGUCCGCGCGUACUUCAUUCUGGUUGUCAUGGCAUACGCAAGACAAGUUCUAAGACAGCACAUGUACACAACUUCGUCAGUAAAAUUGCAUCUCCAUACGGAAGGGGUAUCUGAGGGGAGAUCGGACAAUCCGUUUGCAGCCGGAUCGCCUGCAGGUGCUGGAUGGAGAGGCAAGUUGGGAAGAAUCAUGAUUAUGAUUUGCGAGAGCUACUGGCUUGGUGGACAGGCCGACGAUGACUGGGUUAAAGGCCUCGAUGGAAGGUUCAAAACAAGCAAGCUGUCUGGAGGUCCACCGGGCACUUUGGAGAGGGAAAGACGGGCAAGAAGUGGCACUGGACCGCCCAUUCCAAGACUCAACAUGGGGAAGCUAUAGGAGACGGAGGAACAUGACUCCGGCCUCAUAGGAGGAGACAGAAAGGAAACAUGAGCAUUCGAGACAUCUGUACAGCAGAAAUGCAUUUUAGGUCCCACAGAUAUGUUUGGAUAGCGAGAGCGAACGUAUGGCUCAGUGAGAGGCGUUACAAGGGGCUUGGGCUUCGAUUGGAUCGAACAUUUCCAAGUGUGUACUGGCGUGACCAUUCUGAAAGGGGAGAAAUUGCCGGUUGGGUAGACAUAUAAUGGAUUGGACAGUAAUGGAAUGUAUAUGAAUGGAAGUUUGCUACCACAGGGAGUUUAGCAUCGUGGACGCCAAGUGAUAGAACCAACCCAGCUUGGAUUAUCAAAAUCGUUGCAUUUACUGUGCAAGGCUCUACGAUCAUACACCGCAAGGGACUAUGCUGGUGACGUGCUACUAAUUGUCCUUGAGUUGUAUGUCUAGAGCUUCGAGCACCAAGCCGCCCAUUAUCACGUUGUUAUGGCUGGUUCUGGGCCAUACAACGAGCGGAUGACUUUGAGAACAAUCAAAUCCCGAAGGCUAAUACCGGUCUUCUUAUGUAUUCAUGAGUACAACAAGACCUACAAACCAAUCAUUACUGUCCUGGUAUCAAUGCACCAUGCUA